AUGGCAGUCAUGUACAUCACCCUGCAGCUCUUGCUCAAGCUUUUUGGGGCUGUUUCUAAAACUUUUCUCAACUGGAUAACUCUCUGCAUUGAGUUUCCUGUCAUCUGCUGGGCCAUUUUUGCCCUGUAUCAUCUGGUUAAGGAUGACAAUGCUGUCCCUGUUUAUGUCAUAAACCUCCUCAUUUCAGACAUCCUCCAGCACAUUGGUAGAUUUUGCAUACUGAUUCCUGACCUAAGCCCGCAGGUCGAAAAUACAUUCUAUUUCAUUUGCGUGAUUGGUGUACUAUCCAGUGUUGUGUUCAUGGUGUGCAUCGCUCUGGAGAGGUACCUUGCGAUCGUCCAUCCUCUGUGGUACCGUUAUCGCCGCACCGUCAGACACUCAGUUCUGAUGUCUCUGAUUGCCUGGGUGUCUCCUUUUAUACUGGCUCUGCUGGGUGGAAUUGCCAGUUAUUGUUCUGGACAUAUAAAAAACACAUAUUUGACAUUAUGUAUCUUCCUUAUUCUUCCAUUCCCUCUUCUUGUGUUUUUCUUGGUGGCCACAUGGAGAGCUCUCUCCCGCUCCACCUCAGUGCCCGUCACAGAGAGGAAAAGGAUUCUGUGCACAUUGCUCCUUGUCCUGGGCAACUAUGCAGUGCUGUUCUUUCCCUCCAUACUGUUUUCUUUGAUUGGAUCAGUGUCAAAAGACUGA